CCUCGCGCACGUCAUACGAAACAGAUCUCACGGAAGUGGCUAAGAGCGAAUGUCAACAAGAAGAAAGACGAAGAAACGCUAAAAACUUCCAUCAAGACACAUCCGUGACGAUGAAGCCUUUAACUGUGGCGAGCUGAUGGAUCUACCGACCGUAUUUUUUUAAUGAUCUUUGUUUCUUAUUUUGUGUUUUAUGAGACAACGACAGUCAUUGGCUUGUAAGAAUGUCUGUUUCUCACAGACUUUGCGUCCUAGGUCUCUUAGUUUUAUCAGUUCCCAGCACUCUGGAGCUGGCCUCCAGUAAUGCUCGUUGUGACCGUUCACCCAAAAUACUACAAACUAGACAAGGAAAGAUUCGUAACUCUGCCCUUCAAACCUGGUCACCCCGUCCAGUUGACUGCAGUUGGCUGAUAACAUCACCAGUUGGGAACCGUGUAAUCUUCAGUUUUUCCCAGUUUUACAUGAAGUGUGGACGCGAGUGGUUGUCCGUGGCUUCUCUAACUGACAGACCGGUUAAACUCUGCGGCACCCAGUCGCCAGCACCAUUCGAGUUGACAGGAGGAAACAUAACAGUGACGCACCACUUCUUCCCUCAUUUUUACCCAGUAUCAGAGUUUAAACUUUCUUAUAUUAAAGACUCGGGUCCCUGUUUUCCAGGCGAGUUUGAAUGUUACAGUGAACGUUGUCUUCCUGCAUCAUGGCGUUGUAACGGGCGGGUCGAAUGUCUUGGGGAAGGGGAUCAACUUGGCUCUGACGAGUAUGGAUGCGAUGACAGCAAACCAGACUUUCCCUUGUUGCCCCACAAAGACUACGUAAAUCACAUCCCUUCUAUCGAGACCACCACCAACACCAUACCAAUCCCAUUAUUCAACACAAAUGUGCCACCACCUGAGGAACCAGACUUUCCCUUGUUGCCCCACGGAGGUCCAUGUGGGGGUUACUUGGAUGCAUUUUACGGGUCAUACCCCCCUGUGCUAACAGGAAAAACGUUGCAGUGUGUGUGGACGGUUGACCCCCAUGAUUCACGACCACUUAAACUAGAGCUUCAGCAACUGGCUCUCGAUCGUAAUGACACGAUUAUAAUCACGGACCAGCCUUAUGGCACUGGCAACAUCAUUAAAACUAUCAACAAUAUGUCCAAUAACAAAGCAGUAGAGGUGGAAUCCCACACUGGUUUGCUUUCCCUGAUCUACCGUACGCCGUCUGCCUCGAAAGGGUGGGGCUUUAAUGCAACCUACAGAAUCAAAGAUUACUGCUUUCCGUGGGAGGGGCUUUGCGGGGGAUCGUUGGGAGGCUGUUACACUCAGAAGCAGCGUUGCGAUGGGCACUGGGACUGUCCUGAAACGGGCCUGGACGAAGAGGCGUGCGGCGGCUGCCCGGCUGGGCACUUCCUUUGUGGGGCGGGUAACUUGCAGAAGACAGGCCACCAAAUGAUCCGUUCGGUCUGCUUUUCCAUUAAUGAGCGCUGCAAUUACCAACUUAACUGUGCAGAUGGAAGUGAUGAGAGAGAAUGUACCAUUUGUCAACAUGGGACAUUUCACUGUGACAGUGACAGGUGUGUGUUUGAGAGCUGGCGCUGUGAUGGACAAGUGGACUGUAAGGAUGGCACGGAUGAACUUAACUGCACUGUGACUCUGCCCCGGAAAGUCAUAACUGCAGCCACAGUUGGAAGCUUAGUUUGCGGACUUCUGCUAGUCAUCGCAAUGGGUUGCACUUGCAAACUGUACUCACUGCGCACUCGAGAGUACAGCAUGUUUGCACCAAUCACUCGGCAGGAAGCAGAACUGAUUCAGCAGCAGGCCCCACCCUCUUAUGGUCAACUGAUCGCUCAGGGCAUCAUUCCACCAGUGGAAGACUUCCCUACCGAGAACCCCAAUGAGGCUGCCUCGCUCUCUCUAAGGGGAAUACUACAGCUUCUCAGGCAGGACACAUCUUCCUCUCCACGGCGAAGACGCAGGCCCCGGUUUGUACGCAGAGCUGUCCGUCGCCUGCGAAGGUGGGGCUUGAUUCCCCGUCCUGCCCCCAGGUCGACACACACCACAGCAACUGCCUCUCAACAGACAGAGGAUACCCCAGGCUCUGAGCCCAGCCACUCAAGUCCUGGAGUUUCCUCGUUGGCUACAGAGGUGGCAAUUCAGCCCUUGCCUCAAAAACUCUGUUUAUCCCAACAGACAGAAACGCCACAGCAGCAAGCCGAGGCUCCUCCUUCCUUGUCGCCUCCUAUCCAGCCAAUUAAUACUCAUGAAACAGUGCCUGUUCCUGUUCCCCCGAGCAGCCCAUCUCUGGCAUUACUCUUCCAAACACUGGGCCGGAGCAUCUCCCGUUUUAGACCGUCCUCUUCCCCUACCUUUAAUCCUCUAUCAGCAUCCCCAUCUUUUUCCUCCUCUUCCUUAGAAGAUGAAGUGCUGCUGAUCCCGCUCUCGGAUGACACGACCUCUGAGGAUGAUGUGCCCUUGCUGACUUAAGAGAUACUUUUAUUAGAACCAUUUAUUUUAUUUUUUGUCUUUGUGGUUCAGUCUUUCGCUCCACUUUGUUUUUCGCUAUCCCUGCCUCUCAGCACGUUAGCGUCACCAUGUUUGCUUCUUGUGCUGGCUUGGUGCCUUAUCGAUCUGUUUUCCUGACCUAAAUGAACGAGUAUUCAAUUAACGUGGCAGAAUAUUUGACAAGUGACUGUGUGUGUGUGUGUGUACAGGUAUGGCUAUACUUGUGAGGGUCAGAUUUUUGAAAAUGUUCUCACAAAUAUACUGAAACAUCUUAUGAGGACAUUUAAAGCUCAAAUCAGCCAAAACAUGUUUCACUUGGUCUAAUAGUGUCAAUAGGCUUGUGUCAGAGUUAGAGAAUAAAAAAUGUAAUUUGCCAGGUAUGAGAUUUAGUGAAACAAACACUGUGCACUUAUCAUGAGUGUUAUGUAUACUAGAAGAAACAUUUGCACAAAGAAUCCUCCCCUAGCUGGCUUAGGAAACAUUUUAAACUGAUUACAAAUCUAAAAAUUAAAAGUUAGCACUGCUUUAUACAUUUUAUAGACUUCAGUUGACGUGGUUGUGUAUUGUACAUACGUAUAAGUUUACCUACAGGCCACGUGGUUUCUUGUGUGUGUGUUCCUAAGAAGUGCCUAUGAUAGAGCUUCCUGUAUGAUGGUAUGGACUGCGUAUGUGCUUGCACGUAGGGCCAAACACACUUGCACAAAAUGUUAACACAUAGAUGUAGAAAAAUACCCUUGCUAUGUAUGUGUUAGUGCAUGGCAACCUUGGCAAUAAUGUAUGUGUGUGUUUGUGUGUGUGUUAGCUGGUUAGCUAACUAGCUGCAAGUGAUUAUCCACAAUCCCUCUGAUGCACUUUAAUGUGCACAAACCACCUGAAUGACGUCACUGUGACAUCACAGUAACUUGAAUAAGUCUAUCAAAAAUUAAAAAAAUGUAGAUUUUAUACUUUAAAGUUUCUUUGUAAAUGGAUGCCUGGUCUAAGUGCCAUAUCUGUAGUCACCUGAUUUCUGCUACUGUUACAAUCUCUCAUUUCACUCCUUGUCACCCCGUCGAUUGUCGUUUUAACAUGUAUUUUUAUGUCGACAUGUUUAACUCAUCUGCUGAAUAGGGAUUGUAAUAGAAAAAGGUGGGUGGGAAUUAUCAUAGAUGAUGAUAGUAAGAUGUAUUUCACUGUAUAUAUUUGCUAUACCAGUUGGAAAAUCCACAAAGAAUAAAAUGAUUUGCACUUUUA